CCCUUGUGGUCUCUUCCAACUCUAGGAUUCUAUGAUUCUAUGAAACUACAAGAAAGAAGAUUCCACCUCAACAUCAGGAAGAACUUCCUGACAGUAAGAGCUGUUCGGCAGUGGGAUUUGCUGCCAAGGAGUGGGGUGGAGUCUCCUUCUUUGGAGGUCUUUAAGCAGAGGCUUGACAGGCAUAUGUCAAGAAUGCUUUGAUGGUGCUUCCUGCUCGGCAGGGGGUUGGACUGGAUGGCCCUUGUGGUCUCUUCCAACUCUAGGAUUCUAUGAUUCUUUAAUGUCCACGAUUUAAACCAGCUGUCAGCUGCGUCAAGUUGAAAUCGUGCAGGUGAACGGGCCUCAGUUGCGAGUGACCUGCAUUUCCCAAGGGUUCUGGGUGCGGUUUCUUGUAAGAACUUACUUCUUUUCAUCUUUCGUUUGCGAUCCCCACUCAGGCGCUUCCAGUUCUGACCAGCAAGCAGACAUGGCCGGACGCCUGGGUUCCCUCUCCGGGCCUGAGGUUGAGCUGUCACAUCAGGUACACCCGGCCCCCUGCUGGCUGCUCUGCUGCUUUCCUGCCUGGCCCCAUCCUGUCAAAUGUUCUUCCUGCAGAGAUAAGGCUGGCACCAGCUGGAGGGCCUUUCCGCCUCCUCCCGGACUUUCCCUAACCCUCUCUUAUUUAUUUCCUUGAUCCCCCUUUGCUCUAAGGAGGUCCGUGGGGUAUGCCUGGCUCUCCUCUUCCUCACUGAAUCCCCGGAACAAUCCUGCAAGAAGAUGUCGUCCCGCGUGACCCUGGCCAAGUCCCGGGCGGAGAGGUCGCGCCCUCCCACGGUGCCCCUCCCCCAGGUGGAGAUCGUCCCGGGGCGCAUGACGGAAGGAGACUGGUUCUCCCUGCUGGGCUUUGAGGAAGCCGAGGAUCAUGUGGGCGACAUCCUGGCAGGGCUGCUGGAUCAGGUCCUGGAGGAGUGCUUCAAGGUCUAUUUGGAGCGGCAGUGCAUCCCCUACGUCAUCACCCAGGCCCGGGACGCCAUGCUGCAGAUCAUCGAGUGGCGCUUCCUGGUGCGGGACGAGGGUGAGGCCGGGGUACCCACGGAGCCCACCUGGCAGGAGGACGAGGAGCCUGUGGCCGGCAUCACCGACUCCUGGGCUCAGGGCUCUGUGCCUGUCUUGCAAGCCAUGCCACGCCCGGAGGAGCCAGAGGUUCCCAGACUCCCAGAGGAAGUUCCUCAACUCCUGGAGGAGUCCCACGUUGCCAAAGAGGAGCUUGCGGCGCCCUCCGAUAUUGCUGCUCGGGGCUUCCCCCUGGGGACCCCCAGCGGGGAGGCAGAGAGGCUGGCUCAGGAGUCCUUGAAGGAGCUGCAGCUCACCAGGUCCCGCAGCAGCAAGGCGGUGCUGAAGUCCGGAACCGAGCUGGCCCGCCUGGUGUCCAUCGCGCCCCUUCCGUCCCCCCUUCCGUCCCCCCUCCCGUCCCCCUCGCCAUCCUGCAAGAGCAGGCUGGGCCCCCAGGCCUACUGUGGGCCCCUGCAGCCGUCCCGGCUGAGUGACAUCGUGAAGCCGCUGGCUGGCUCGGAGAAGGAGACCCUCCUGCGCCAGCUCUCCCAGAUGCCCAUGGAGGAGGCCUUGCACCCAUGCCUCCUGCCGCUCUCCUGCAGCAACCUGCUGCGGAUCCAGCUGGGCCGCCCGCCCAACACGCGGGACGUCUUCUACGACCAGGCGGGCAACAUUACCACGGCGCCGCGCCUGGAGCCAGCCAGCCUGCCCAAGCGCUGGGUCAAGCCCUCGGCUGAGGUGGUGGACCCGGACGUGGAGUCGCAGCAGCAGGAGGCCCUGAAGUCUGUCUCGGGGCGCCGCAGAGCCCUCAAGCUCCGCAGGGGCCUGGCUGAGCCAGGCAGCGCCCAUGGCGAAAGGCGGGUGGCCGUGCGGAGGAGCCUGGCAGGGAAAGCCGCCCAGCCGCCCAGCCCGGCCGGGAGGGUCCUGCAACCCACCAGCUUCGUCUUCGUCAAGCCCAACUUGCUGACCAAGACGGUGCAGCUGGCCACGGGGGUGACCCUCCGGUGCGUGGGGGGCGUCCGGGAGAAGGUCUCUUCCCAUGCGCACCAGGAGGAAGCCAAGGAGGGGCCAGAGCACCUCCACCCCAUGGGCCUUCAGGUGCCCUCCCCCAGCCGGGAGAUCAUCCUCCAGCAGCCCAAGCCCCUGCCCCGCUUGCGCCCGGGAGCUGCCCUCUGAUCAGCACGGCCCUGCCCUCCCUGACAGCCCCUCCAGUGAUCCACCCCUUUCAUCUCCUUGUAACUUAAUAAACGGAGAGGUUUUUGGAGCCUGGCUUCUCUUCUUGUCUGCCUCACGACUGCAACGCCUCAAGACCUGCCUCGCCCCGUAGGAAGCAAGCCGGACCCUGUCACCCGAGGCCCUUCCUCGUGUGCCUCCUACAGGAGAGGUCCUUUUUGGAGGUGGCUCCCCGGUUGUGGGAUGCUCUCGCCAGGGAGGUUCGCCUGACGCCUUCGCUACGUAUCUUCAGGUGCCAGGCAAAAAUGUCCCUCUCCAAGUAGCCUUUGGCUGUUAUACUGUGACCUUUUAGAUGUGCCUGCAGGGUUGGGGCGAUGGUAAUUGUUUUUAAAUUAUUUUAUUAUGCAUUUUGUGGUUUUCCGUUGCAAACUGGCCUGUGAUCUUUGGAUGGAGGGUGGUAUGCAAAUUUAAUAAAUAAUAAUGAUUGGCUCUCGCAGGUUCUCUGGGUAGCAGCCAAGUCCACACACACACACACCCCAAGCAGACUGUUGUGUGUUUAAUUUGCAAAAGGCAAUGGCUCUGGGGCCCAGGCCUGCCUGGAAACCUGAUGCUCUGGCCCAGAAGCCCUGCCUCCAGUCCCAGGCAUGCUCCGAGGGCUACUUUGCAGAGAGAAAUACUUUGCAUGUGCUCAGAGGCACCAGUGCUGUUGCUUUUCGUGCCCCGGGUCUGGAGCUCCAUGGCGAUCCCUCCUGCCCGGUUGCCUCCACAGAUUGAGGCGAGGGGGGACCCCAAGACACAAGGAGGCCUAGUUGGGUUUCAACCAAGAGCUUUCCUAGCUAGUGGGUUGGCUCCUUCCUUGGUGCACAGAGGGCAGGAACGGAGCUUUUGGGGGGAGGAGGGGAGGCUGGCUGGCAGGCCGGCCGGCUGGGGGUAAAGCUUCAUGGGCGCCCCUCAUGAAUCCUUCAUCCAUUGAGGGCAGGGGGCUUGUCCUCUGGGCCUUCGCAUGGAGAAGAAGCCAUUUGCGCAGGAGAUAAUCUAGGGGCUGCUGAGGUGGGGUUGGGCUGAGGGGAGCUCUGGAGGGCACCCUGUGGGCCAGGCCCCAUUCAGAACUCCCCCCCCCUUAAGAACUGGCCCAUCAGAUUGCAGCAGGUUCUGAUCCAUCGUGGGUGUCCGUAUUCUAGGAGAGAAUGGGAUGGAGUAUGUUCCUCCAUCUCCCUCCUCGCGCGAGAACCGUGAUGGUGUUUAGGCACAACGUCCGGCUUGAGCCUGUUUGGCCACGUCAGAAUGUCAAAGGUGAUUUCAGCUUUUCUUGCAAAACUUGUCCCUUGCGGUUCCUUAGCUGGGCUAUAAAAACCUGUCGGCUCAAUUGAUUGGUCAAUCGGUUCAGAAGAGUGUCCUGCUGCUGGGCUUUUCUCCCACUCAAUGGCCUUGUCUUGAGAUGUCUAUCUGAAGCAGUGUGCAUGCACACGAAAGCUCAUACCAAUGACAAACUUAGUUGGUCUCUAAGGUGCUACUGGCAUACCCGCCAAGUUGCUGUCAGAGAAAUAAGGGACCGGGCUGGCAAUAGCAAACCGGAAGUAG